UGCAGAAGCGUGGAAUAUCCAGUUUCUACAAAUAUUUUGACGGGUUCUGUUCUCACAUCGUCGCGGUGAAGCAGGGAAAAGAUUUCCACCAGAACAGCUAUAAAAAUGGAUGAAAAAUUUUGUCUAGUUCUGCUGGUUUGCGUUGUGUUAAGAGUAUCAAGCGUGGAAUGCAUCGUGGGAGGUCACAGGUCGAUUCCCGAUGCGGCGCCGUUUAUGGUUUCUGUACAAAAUCCCACGCAUAUCUGUGGCGGUGCCCUAGUGGGCAGUAACUGGGUUUUAACGACAGCAUCAUGCGUUGAUGGUAGAACGAAUCUGAAGGUCCUCGUUGGCUCAGAUCGGCUACUGACCAACAUGGAACGCGUUGAAGUAUCUAAUUCAAUAAUUCACGCACAGUACAACCGAACAUCUGGAAUCAACAACAUUGCCUUAUUGAAACUUCCAAGGUCAGUGACGGAAACUCGUAUUAAAAGUAUUCCGCUGAAUGAUGCUACCGUAACAACCGGACAUACGACCGAAUUCUACGGUUGGGGAUCGCUUAACUACGGUUCAUCUGCUAAAUCGAAUGAGUUGCAAACACUAUACCAGAAAACAUUGAGUGCAGUCGAUUGCAAGGCCAAGUAUCAAGGUGUAUUAGGAUUACAGAAUGGCUUCUUUUGUGCGCAUAUUCAACCGGGCCAAGCGGCUUGUUCGAAGGAUCAAGGUGGACCACUGGUAGCACAUAACAGUAAAAAACUAUUGGGAAUCUACGAUCAUGGAGUACAGUGCAGUGGCAAAUACCCGGACGUGUUUGUCAGUAUAGCGACGUACAAAACCUGGAUAGAUACAACGAUGGCUUCACCAUAGUAGCUGUAUGUUUCUUUAUGGUUCGAAAUAAUAACUUGUGCUGAUUGAAAUCAUGAAAUUUUCAAAAAAUAAAUCCUAUUGAUCAUAAACUCAUUACAAAUCUCACUAGCAUAACAAAA